AUGUCUUGGGACAAGCUGCUGGGGCUGCGUCUCGUGCUGGGGGCUCUGCUGUGCGUUGCCGCAUCCUCCGCCUACGGUCAAAUGCCAACAUUCAUCAACGCGGGGGAGGGCGGGUGGGGCGCUCCCACCGAGACGCAGCUGGGCGAGGAGGACGCCGUCGUGAAGGCGUUGCCGGACCCCGACGCGCCUGGGUUUUACCUACCGCUGAAGUGCUCCGCGUGCGGCGCCAUUGUGGAGCACGCCGUUCACCUCCUCGCCCCCGUCGUGGAGCAGCACUUGGUGCGUCGGGAGCGGGAGACGCGGGCCGGCGGCAAACCCCCACACCGACUCCAACCGAAGGAGAUUGAGACAGUGGACGCGUUCGAGCAGCUCUGUCGUGAGGUUCCCGUCCUCUACGGCUUGGAGAUGAAGAGUGGCACGGUGCCCUCACUCUUUUUUAGCAAAAGUGACAUGAUUAACCGCGUCCGUGGCGGGUGGAUGCAGUACUUUCUCGCCUCCACUUGUGAGGAGCUGCUUGAUGAGCAAGAGGAAGAGCUGGUGGCCGCCGUCUUCGCCGCGGCGGAGGAGGGCGGGAUGGUCGGCCUCCCUACGAAGGUGCGGGAGGCUGUGUGUACGAGGUGGAAGAGAAGCUCAAAGGGGUGCGACAAGCACGGCCUGCCGAUUGACCCGAGAUCAGGGGAUUCCUCCGACCUCUAA